AAACAUCAGCCCAGGAUAGAGGGUCUCGUUUUCUCUGCAAUAGUAGAGUGAGAGUAACACAUUUGGGCAGUUUAUUUUAGUACGACUUAAGGAGUAAUAAAAAAACAAAAUUGUCCUGUCUACUGUCUCGGUGGCUUUGCGUGGCGUUGGGGCGCGCCAGGCCAGGCUACGUGUUUGUGAGCUGUGAGACCGAGAGAGAGAGAGAGAGAGAGAGGAACGCGAACGAUAACGGAAGAGAAGACGCAGAGAAAGAGAGAAGUAGGGUUUUGUUAUUUGUUUUUUGUUCGUAAAGAAAUAUUAUAUACUAACCUAUCCAUUUCAUCUUCUUUUUUAUUUUCUUUCUUUCUUUGUUUUGUCUCUUUGAAAACCAAAACAGAAAAGAAAACCCAUUUCUUUCUUUGCGGUUUCCGCUUUCAUCAUCAAAGGCUAACAAUUUAUUGUAGUACUAACAAAACAAAAUUCCCCCUUCAUCAUGUGACCCUCUCUCCACUCCUCUCCUGGCAGUCGUCACUCAUCACUCAACACAACACACCAAAAAAAUAUAUAUAUCGUUUGAUGUAAUUCCAGUGUGCCUAAACGGUUCUUUUAUUCACUGCCGCUGUCUUUGACUCUUUUCUUGUUGAUCCAACACUUUGGUGAAUCAACAAACAAUGGGUGAUCUUCGAGUUUGUUAUGCCAACUCCAACGCCAACGCCAACGCCAACGCAGAUGCUGACGUUUCAAGGGAGGAUCCUGAUUGCCUGUGCUUUAGGCCUCCGUUUUCCCUGUCGUUGUCGAAUCCUGAUCAGUCCUGUUCAAUUGCGAGACAGAGUUGGGAGAAGGCAGAGGAAACCACGCGUCGUAUACUUUGGAGUGUGCAACCAACUUUGGACGCAGAGAGAAAGCGGAAAGAGGUUAUAGACUACAUUCAACGACUCAUUCAAGAUGGUCUUGGCUACCAGGUUUUCCUAUAUGGCUCAGUUCCGCUCAAGACAUACUUGCCCGAUGGAGAUAUCGACUUAACCACGCCCAGUAGUCCACAUAUCGAGGAUACAUUGGUUUCUGAUGUUAAUGCUAUUCUCAGGGCUGAAGAGCAUAAUCAAACUCCGUGCAAAGUAAAGGAUGUCCAUUGCAUUGAUGCUGAGGUUAAGCUCGUGAAGUGCCUUGUGCAAAAUAUUGUUGUAGAUAUUUCUUUCAAUCAGUUGGGAGGACUUUGUGCACUAUGUUUUCUUGAACAGGUUGAUCGACUUGUUGAUAAAGAUCAUCUCUUUAAGCGUAGCGUUAUCCUCAUAAAAGCUUGGUGCUAUUAUGAAAGUCGUAUUCUUGGUGCUCAUCAUGGCUUGAUUUCUACAUAUGCUUUAGAAACACUGGUCCUAUAUAUAUUUCAUCUAUUUCACUCUUCUUUAAAUGGCCCUAUAGCAGUUCUCUACAGAUUUUUGGAUUACUUCAGCAAAUUUGAUUGGGAGAAUUAUUGUGUCAGCUUAAAUGGACCAGUUUGCAAAUCUUCCCUGCCUGAUAUAGCGGCCGAGGUUCCCAAAAAUGUGGGGAAUGAUCCACUUUUGAGUGAAGAAUUUCUGAGUAAGUGCAUGAGCAUGUUUUCUGUUCCAUCAAGGGGGAUUGAGACGAACUCGCAGUUGUUUCCACUGAAGCAUCUUAAUAUAAUUGAUCCACUAAAAGGAAACAACAAUCUUGGGCGAAGUGUUAACCGAGGUAACUACUAUCGGAUUCGUAGUGCUUUCACAUACGGAGCUCGCAAGCUUGGACAAAUCCUCAUUUUACCAAGAGAAAGAAUAGUAGAUGAGCUUGUUAAGUUCUUUGCAAACACUUUGGACAGGCAUGGUAGCAAUCUUAUGACUGAUGUGCAAAAUAUUCCUACGACUUCCGAUGCUAGAAGUUCUGACCAUGUAAUACCACCAGCAUGUGCUAAUAUGUUCUCAAGGAACUAUUUGUUAGAAAAACUAGUGAAUUUUGGCCCCACUAACAAUAAGAUAUCAGGAUCUAUAGCUGCUUCUGGAUCUAGAUACAAGCUGGGAUGCCAAUUCAAUAUUUUAUCCUCACAGAUAGAGCCAGAAAGAAAAACCAAUGCCAACAGAAAUGCUGUUUCAGGAUAUUGUCACCCUGGGGAUGCUAAGGAGUUUGAAGUGUCUGAAUUACAGGCUAUGAAAAGUAAAAAUGAUUCAUCUGAUUAUUUUCCUCCGAGUAGCAACCUUGGUGCUUCACUCUCUGUGAAACCUUGCAUAAACAAACAAAAUGGAAGGCUUGAAAAUGGUAACUCUUCUGAAAGUAUGCUGACAGAUUCUAUUGUUGUUGAUGGUAUGAGUUUUGGUCUAAAGCCUUACUCCAAGAACAUUUUAGCUGCCCGCAAUGUAGUUUGUGAAAGAGAGUUAGCUGGCAUUUUUGGGGAUUCUGAAUCUUUAAAAUCAUUGUUGGACCUUAGUGGGGAUUAUGAUGGCCAUUUUUGGAGUGUGUUUUAUGGUCAAUGUUGCCAUUUAUUUUCUGUAUCUACUCCUAUACUGCCUAGUCCUACUAUGUCCCCCCAUAUACAAAAAGAAAAUCAUAGGGAAACUGUCGAACAGUCCUUACCCUUAAAACAGGAUCUUUAUUCUCAACGGGACUCAAAUGGUAUUUCUGGACCAGAAUUUUGCUUUUCCAAGCCUCCUGGUGCCGUCUGCCCUGCUUUUGAUUCAGAGGAUAAGAAGAAACUAGGAAAGGGAACAUAUAUUUUGAACAUUAAUUAUCGUUCUAAUCCAGAGAGGCCCCCAUCCGGGGGAGGAAAUCUCCAGGCUCCAAAAGCCCAGAGUCAGCUUCUGAGAUGCACUAAUAAUAAUUGCUCUGCGACUGUUCAACAAGAGAUGACUUUGUCUCAAGAAGGUAGCCAUGAACUCUCACCAGAGGAAUACCCAGCUCUGGGCCCUGCGAAAUUUGGAUCAUCCAUUACUCAUCGACCUUACCAAUCCUUUUGGGGUUUAUCUACCGCCAAUGGUUUAAGUUACCCACCUGAGAGAUUUGAAUCCGGGUCGUGUAACCUUGAGUUACAGAGCAGACACAUGUCAGAAGACAAUGUUUUGCCAGAGUCUAACACUCCUUGCACUUCUGGUUCCACACCAAGUGCUAUGGUACCUGCAGCAGAGAGCUCUAGGCCAGUUCUUGAAAGAAAUGUAGAAGGUGAUGCAGGGCAGUUAUACCAUCUGGAAAAUGAACAAGAUUUUCCACCUCUGUCCGUCUGAAGGACGGUCAAAACAGAAAAUCGGAAGAAUAGAAGACAGUAAGCAUUUAACAGUAGAUGCUAACAACAUAUCGAAGCCUUUAGUAAGACCUCUUCUCCCCAUUCUUUGUUUUCCUUGUUGCAUCGGUUGUUUUGAAGUUUUUAUUUUAGUAUGACAUUCAAAACUGUAUCUUGUGUCUUGUACAUUCUUUUCGUUUGCUUUCCUUCUUGUCGGCUUCCAUUAGUGGGUAAAUGUUCACUUGGAUUUGGUUCGGCAUUGGCAUAGGUAGGAAAGUCCAAGCUGAAAAUUUUGCAAACUCUGCUGCUAUAUUGGCUAUAUAAUUUUGCAAAAUGCUAUAGAGAUUCAAUUGAUUUGAGAGUCCUUAAAUAUAUAAAAUUUGUGAAAAUACAACCUUGGUUCAAUGCCAUUAUGCAUCUUUGCAUACACCCAAUAGCUUUUAGCUACCACUGUUAUUGAAGGUAAAAAAGUGAAGCUGAUGUAUGCGUAAUAACAGUGAUGAAAGGAAUGGAAUGUUGUUUGAUGUUUAAGUAGUCUAUAACCUAGAAGCAUUGCAUAGCCAAAGCCAACCAUGAACAUCAUUUUGGAUUUGGGUGCGAAAAGUUUUUUAUUAAAAGCACAAAAUAAAUUAUCAGUGAGAACGUAAGGGAAAGGGAUAGCAGAUGCGACAAAGGCAAUGGAAAUAGGACUUCCCUCAAGACGUUCAGACGAGAAGCACCAGUGGUGUAGUUGUAGAAUACAGACCUGGGUUGGAUUUCCGGCUGGUGCACGUUGGAGCUGUGACGAAUCAUGGGCCUCGUGUCAUAGAGGGUCUAUCACUAACGUUUGACUCUUCCGACGCUCUUUUAUUAUUUUUAUUUUUUAUGUACUAAAC